AUGCCGUUGGACGGUCAAGUCCACCAGUUGCAUAGCGUGCUUGGUCGCUUGCAAGGCCACCUGAAUGAGAUGGAGGCCUACGCACGCUACCACGAACGGUUGGUGAAGCGUCUUGAGAUGAUGCAGAACAAGCCUGAAGAGCACCAGGACGAGCUGAUUCCAGCUUACGUGCUCGACCUCUUAGCUGGACCAACUUCACAACUGGUUGAUCAAGUGCGAGUACUAUCGCAAAGGUUCGUUGCGGCUAUGACAGAAGACGAAGCUCUCUUCUACAAGUGGAUCAACGGUCUUGUGCUGUCGAUGAAUAGUGGCGGUGACGUUGAAUCCACGGUCAGCCCAAUAGAAAAUACUACCUACUCAGCGCUGUACGCGCAGAUCCAGGAAGUGCAGACGCUGUUCCAAGCCCACGCGACCCAGAUCCAGCAGAUCGAACAGGGCUAUAAAGCGGAGUGGGAGAAGUGGUCGAGUCGCCAAAAGUCUCGCUCGCGGGUGCAGCAGAUGGAGACAAAAGCGGAGAAGUUCACCCUUGAAGUGCAGACGCGCGAGCUGUUCGACCCGCAGAAGCUCUUUCUCCGAUCCCAACGGUCUUGGGAGACGUUAAAUACUAGCCGCUCGAAAAGUGCCGGUGCCAAUGUGCACCUGGCCUCACAAGAAGGGAUAGAGCGUCUUCAAAGCCAGCUAGCAAGCGUCAUAAAGGAGAUUACACAAGAAUACUGCGACCUAGAGCUGCGGUGA